CUCGACGAGCAAACACCGUGUCCUGAUGUGCUCGCGCACGCUGCUCCUCCGGCAAGUUUCCUCAGCGCCACAGGAUUCUUUAAGUUGUUGGUAGAAGUUUGUUUCUCUUUGAGCCGCCACAGGUUUCCGCGCGUCGUCCUCUAGUGCGCUCCGUCGUCUGAGAGGAGGAGCCGUUUGUGGAGAAGAGACGAGAUUCUUAACUUUCGGGCUUCCUGUCCAGACCCCUUCCUCUUCUCGUCUCCUCUGUCCUAACCGCCUGCUCCUAUCCCUUCUCGCUCAACACACACAUUUCAGUCCACUCCCACUUCUCUAUUCUAUUCUUUUCUAUAUUUAUUUCUGCUCUCCGGCCCCCCCCCCCCGUCUCUUUCACCUGUCCGCCCAGGACGCCUCUUGUGAGCGCUGCGUUCCCUCUCCUAACCCCUCUGUUCCCCUGAUGGGCGCCACGUCAGGCAGCAGAGCCACAUUCCCCGCGUCGCCACUGGGAGCGUCUCUCCACCCCUAAGCGCCUCGACCGCCACGCCGCCGACCCCAAUGGAGACAAAAGAUAUGAUGCUGACGAGCAUGUUGACGGUGGACAACGGGGAGAAUGAGGGGGAGAAGCGGGGAGGAGGAGAGGAGGAGGAGGAGGGGACGCAGCAGGAAAGCGGCCGACCGAUGCUGGCCGAUGGCGUCGCCAAGAGCCCGGCUGCUGGCGCCGAGCAGCGGGCGUCCAACGGCUUCACCGCGCCCGCCCCUCAAAGCCCCCGGGAGGGACAGGGGGCCGCGGCGUGCUCCGAAGGCGCGGCGGCGUCCGGCCCCGGGUCCUCGGCGCCGCCGCCGGGAGGCCUCCGGACUCUGGUGGUCCAACAAACCAGCUUGGAGAAGCCCAGAGAGACCUGGAGCAAGAAGAUGGACUUCUUGCUCUCUGUGAUCGGCUACGCCGUGGAUCUGGGGAACGUCUGGCGCUUCCCGUACAUCUGCUACCAAAACGGAGGAGGUGCCUUUCUGCUGCCCUACCUGUUGAUGGCCGUGUUCGGGGGCGUCCCUCUGUUCUACAUGGAGCUGGCUCUCGGCCAGUUCCACCGCAGCGGCUGCAUCUCCAUCUGGAAACACAUCUGCCCCAUCUUCAAAGGGAUCGGCUUCGCCAUCUGCAUCAUCGCCCUCUACAUCGCCUUCUACUACAACACCAUCAUGGCGUGGGCCCUGUACUACCUGCUGGCGUCCUUUCGGCCCACGCUGCCCUGGACCACCUGCAGCAACAGCUGGAACACGGUCAACUGCAACCUCUACAUGUCCACCGACCACAACGUGUCGUGGUCCAACUCCUCCACCUCCCCCGCCGAGGAGUUCUAUACUCGCCAGGUGUUGCAAGUCCACCUCUCCCCAGGUCUGCACCAGCUGGGCUCUGUCAGCUGGCAGCUGGCCCUCUGCCUGCUCUUCAUCUUCAUCAUCGUCUACUUCAGCAUCUGGAAAGGAGUCAAGACGUCUGGAAAGGUCGUGUGGGUGACCGCUACCUUUCCCUACCUGGUCCUCCUGGUGUUGCUCGUCCGCGGGGCCACUCUGCCGGGGGCCUGGAGGGGCGUGGUCUUCUACCUCAAGCCCGACUGGCAGAAGCUGCUGAGCACGACGGUGUGGAUCGAUGCAGCCGCUCAGAUCUUCUUCUCGCUGGGCCCGGGGUUCGGCGUGCUCCUGGCCUUCGCCAGCUACAACCCGUUUCACAACAACUGCUACAAAGAUGCUUUGAUCACCAGCUCAGUGAACUGCCUGACCAGCUUGCUGUCUGGCUUUGUCAUCUUCACCGUGCUGGGCUACAUGGCGGAGAUGCGGAACCAGGAUGUGGCGACUGUGGCGAAGGAUGCUGGUCCCAGUCUGCUGUUCAUCAUUUAUGCCGAAGCCAUCGCCAACAUGCCUGCUGCUACUUUCUUUUCCAUCAUCUUCUUCCUCAUGAUCAUUAUGUUGGGUCUGGAUAGCACGUUCGCAGGGUUGGAGGGGGUGAUCACGGCCGUGCUGGACGAGUUCCCUCACGUCCUGGUGAAGAGGCGAGAGUGGUUCGUCUUGGGCCUGGUGUGCGUCUGCUUCCUCGGCUCUCUCUCCACGCUCACAUAUGGCGGAGCGUUUGUGGUGAAGCUGUUUGAGGAGUACGCCACGGGCUCCGCCGUCAUCACCGUGGUGCUGCUGGAGGUCGUCGCCGUGUCCUGGUUCUACGGUACCAACCGUUUCUGUAACGACAUCCACCUCAUGCUCGGCUUCUACCCGGGGUACUUCUGGAGGAUCUGCUGGGUGGCCAUCUGCCCCUGCUUCCUGCUGUUCAUCAUCAUCAGUUUUCUGGCCUUCCCACCAGAGGUCAAGUUGUUCAACUACCAGUACCCGCCAUGGACCACCGCCCUGGGCUACUGCAUCGGGGUGUCUUCGUUCAUCUGCGUGCCCGUUUAUAUGGUCUACCACUUGCUCCGCGCCAAGGGAACGUUUAAAGAGCGUCUGUUAAAGAGCAUCACACCGGAGCCCAGCGGUGAGCAGCACCGAGACUUCAUCGUCACAUACUCGGUCUGACCGAACUCUGGACCAACAGGAGGAGGCGUCGCGGAGCGCCCCCUCCUGGACGAACUGCGACACACACCCACAGGACACGGGGCUACCUUUCACCGUCUUUGCCUCACUUGUUUUUUUCUUUUUUUUCUUCCCGCCGUCUCACACUCGAAGGUCCAGAGCCAGUGAGGGAGUCGUGCGGAGCCAGGCGGCAGUCGUUCAGUUAGUUUAGUCGAGUUCCUCAGGCUGGCUCAGCUCUCCGGGGGUCAAAACCCGGAGCUCACCGCUUCAGUGUCGUCAGAUUCAGUUCAUUUUGUACAGCCCAUUGUCACAAAUUACAAAUCGGCCUCCGAGGGCUUUACAAUCCGUACACAUACGACAACCCUGACCUUUGACCUCACAUCAGAUCAGGGAAAAACUCCCUCUUUCUCUCUCUCUCUCUCUGUCGACUUAAAUCCUUUUGCGAGAGACCAUUCUUCAGCUUAUACCCUUGAAACGGAAUGUUUGGAACCAUAUUUGCGUAUGACCCGGUCCAUGUUCACGUGGGCGAUAACCUGGAGGCGCUGCGCGCUGAGGUGGGUCCAGAGAAGGCCCCGUCGUGACACGUGCUCCCCUCGCUGGCGCUCCGGCCGCGUCUCCAUAUGACGCCGUUGCGUUGUGCGCUCUGAUGACAUGUAGCACUAUUCAGGUAUCUGUGACUGAAGCCAAAUAUAUGAUAUGUGCUCAUAUUUCUCAAGGCGUUCCCGUAUUUUCAGCCGUCGACUUCUCUACACUGUGAAGCACUGUCUGUUAUGACUGUGUGUGUCUGAAAAAAAAUAGAUCACAGAAGGAAACCAACCCAGUGUAUUCAUCCUAUUACCGCAAUAUAAAAUGUGUAUUUAUUUUUCGUCGUGUAUCGCCGUUGUCAUUUCGACGUCUCGCACUUCAGCGCGACGCGAGCCGACGGCGUGCCGACGGACCGCGUUGCAUCACGAGCGACAUCGUGCACCCUGUUGUCAUUCUGCGUACCUGUCGGUCAUAGAAAACCAAAUAUGGAUCAGAGCUAAUAACAUUAUCAAUGGCGUAGUCUGAAAAAUCUGCGUUACUGCUCUUUACUUUCUACCAAAAAGUAGUGCGUGUGUGUGUGUGUGUGUGCGUGUGUGUGGGUGUGUUUCUGAGGAUUCUGUAGGAGCAGGAGUUAAAAUAUGGCGAGUACUGUACAUCUACAUGUGUAUUUACUAGUCUGGUAUCGGUGUAAUCUAUCCUGUGAAUACCUGUCUCCUUGUUCUUGUGUGGGCUUGAGUGUGUGUGUGUGCACCUUGAUUAGUGUGUUGGUGCACGUAUGUGUGGUUGAGCAAAAACGAUUCAAGGUUAUGUGUGUGUGUGUGUAUGUACUUGUGUCAGUAAUGUGAUCUAUUGUCUCGUUAACUGCCAAAAUACGUUCUGAAGGAAGUGAACUCCCUCUUGCCUCUCUAGUACCUCUUGAGCUGAUGUGAGAUAUAUAUGUAUGUCAAUAAAAGACUAUAUGAGAAAUACACCUGUAUAGAAUACAAAUAUAGAAAUAUAUGGGAAAUAACGGAUAAUAAAGAUAUAUGGAAAUACA